AAACAAGUCGGCAUGUUUAGUGUGAAGUUUCUGUGGCUCUUGACAGUUGCAGCUUUGUUAAUGGUUGGUUAUGUGAGAUCAGAUGGAGACGAAAAAGCUGAGGAUUCAGAGGGGGACACACCAGAAGGGGACACGCCAGAGGAGGGGAAAGAGGAACCUGAUGUCUUAGUCCUGACCAAAGAAAACUUUGAUGAGACGAUUGACAAGCAUGAUAACAUCAUGGUUGAGUUCUAUGCCCCUUGGUGUGGUCAUUGUAAAACCCUGGAACCAGAAUAUGCUAAGGCGGCAAAAGUCCUUAAGAUGUGGGACCCACCAGUUCCUCUGGCCAAAGUGGAUGCCACAGUAGAGACAGAGCUUGCCUCAAGAUUCGAGGUCAGCGGAUACCCAACUAUAAAGUUCUUCAAGAAAGGUGUUCCUUAUGAUUUUGAUGAUGGCAGAAAUAUGGAGGGUCUGAUACGUUACGUUAAGGACAGGGCGUCCCCAGACUGGAAACCUCCUCCUGAUGCUGUGGUGACCCUGACUAAGGACACAUUCAAGGACUUUAUCAAUAACAAUGAGCUGAGUUUAGUGGAGUUUUAUGCUCCUUGGUGUGGACACUGUAAGGCCCUGGCCCCAGCAUAUGAGAAAGCAGCCAAACAACUCAGCAUACAGACUGAUCCUAUCCCCCUCGCUAAGGUGGACGCUACGGUGGAAACUGAGCUGGCCUCGGAGUAUGAGGUCUCGGGGUACCCCACUUUGUUCCUUUUUAGGAAGGGGAAAAAGUAUGAAUAUAAUGGACCCAGGGAUGAAAAUGGUAUUGUGAACUACUUGAUAAAACAACAAGGGGAGGCAUCCAAACUAAAGUUAAGUGUGAAAGAUGUUAAGUCAUCCAUGAAGCCAAGCGAGAUCUUUGUUAUGGGGUUCUUUGACAACCUAAACGAUCCUAAACUCCGGAUAUAUAUGGACGCAGCCAACACCAUGAGGGAGGAGUUUAAUUUUGGUCACACCCUUGACCCAGCUAUUGCAGAUGCCUUCAAGACUAACCCAGGAACUGUCCUUGUAUUCAACCCGGAGAGAUUUUACACCAAAUAUGAACCCAAGUGGCACAUCAUGAAACUGGAUGAUGUUGAGGAUGAAGGAGACAUUGUGGAGUUUGUACGAAAGAGAGAAGUGCCAUUAGUGGGUCAGUACACAGCUAACAACAUCAAACAAUACCAGAAGUACCGCCCUCUCUGCUUUGUCUUCUACACUGUGGACUGGAGCUUUGAUCACAGAGAGGCAACCCAACUUUGGAGGAACAAAGUCGCUAAAAUUGCCAACAACCACAAGGAAGUGAAGUUUGCCAUUGCUGACGAGGACGAACACAGCCACUUGAUAGCAGAGUUUGGAUUGGAGGAUUCUGGGGAGGAAAUCAACAUUGCUUGUUAUGGCCCCGAUGGAAAGAAGUACCCCAUGGAACCAAUGGAAGAAUGGGAAGAUGAUGAGGUGGAGGAAUUCAUCACUAAAAUGAAGAAAGGAAAACUGACACCACAUUUAAAGUCGCAACCUGUCCCAAAACGCAACGAUGGACCAGUAAAAACAGUUGUUGCUAAAUCCUUUGACAAAAUCGUGAAAGAUAAAUCUAAAGAUGUCUUGAUUGAGCUGUACGCUCCAUGGUGCGGACACUGCAAGCAGUUAGAACCAAUUUAUAAAGACCUUGCCACCAAAGUCAAAAAGGAGAAAAAUAUCGUCAUAGCCAAAAUGGAUGCCACUGCUAAUGACGUGCCCGAGCUAUAUAAAGCAGAGGGAUUCCCCACUAUUUAUUUUGCUCCAUCUAAUAAUAAAGACGCUCCUCUAAAAUAUAGCGGGGGUAGAACAGUAGACGAUUUUAUGAAAUAUCUUAAAGAACAUGCUACUGUGGCUUUUAAAGGGAAGGACGAGUUAUAACACUUGUUCCUGGAAUAGCAUAAAAAAUGAAAAUCUCUCAUAGUUUAAUGAAGCAUAUUGUCCAAGUACAGAUUUGUUUCUUAAGGUUGUUCAUUUGAAAAAAGGAUUUUUUUUCUUUUUUUCAAAAUUUCUUUUGUCAUAAAUUUUGGCAUGAUAUGAAAUACAGUGAAACCUGUCUAAUUUGACAAGCAAUGGGAGAAAAUUUUUGUAUCGGAAUAGAUAGGGUGACAGAUUACACAGUGUAAUAAACUCGGAAAAAAAAAAAUUAAAUGGGUAUGAAAAUAAAGGUCGGAAUUCACUGUGAAACAGAUUGCACAGGUUUCAGAUUAGACAGGUUUUCACUGUACAUGUACUCUUCUGUACUCAAUUAUUAUUUUUCAUAUAACGGGAUAAAAACAUUUUCCUCAAGCAAAUCUGUACUUGGAGGAUACCUCAUCAAAAAUUCAUGUUUAUUUUUAUACUGUAUGUGAGGUUGACAAUGUAUACAAUCACAGUGUAAAUGUUUCAUAAUUUAUAAAAUAUUUCAUCAUCUCACUUGAUUACUAGUAAUAUGAAAUCUUUGAAGGUAAAAAAAUAAACACUUGACAUAUACUAAUCUAAUAGUAAUGUACAUUUUGCAUCAAGUGAAUGUUUUAAACCAUGGAAGUGAGAGACACAUACAUAGAUCUGUUAACUCAAAUGAACAGGGAAUAUUAUAAAUUAUCAUUUAACUCCUGUUGUUAACGUAUUUCCUUUCAAAAAAAAUAUGCCAAUUUGUUUUUUCUCCUCUAGAAACCUUGUUAUAAUGAAGAGAAUGAUGGUUUUGCAUGCUUUAAUUUUUUUUUGUCUGUAAACAGGAAAAUCGAAACGAAUGCUUCAUUUUAUAGAAGAAACUUAAAAUGUUACAUUAUUUACUGUACUUAAUGGUAAUGGUAAUAAUCUACUUAGGUGUACUAGAAUUCAUAUUUCAAUCGACUUCACUAUGUUACUGUAAGGUUAAUAUAAGAUGUACUUGAUAUAAGUUAUUUCUGGCAUAUAUUCAUAGCUGUUGUAGACUGGGUACAAAUACCAAAAUCAUUUUGUUUAUAUAAUUAUUUUCUUUAUUAGGAGAUAUAUAGACCAAAGUUCAUGCAUGUACAGCAUUUUUUUUCAAUGAGGUAUUGUCAUUUUCAUGUGUUAAUCACACAUUUUUUAUGAGGGUUUGUAUGAAGUUGAUUUAAAAUACUAAUAGUUUUUGUGUAGGCAUUGAGGUGUAAUUUAUUGUAUAUUUCAAACCAGAAUGAUCGUGUUUCUAGAAUAUUUUAUAGGUUUCCUUUGUUAGCUGUACAUUUUUCACAUGGAAAUAUGUUAACUCUUAUAAAAACAUUUUAAGAUGUGGUCUCAAAAAUGAUUGGUAAGCUUUGAUUUUCUUUUACAUGCACCUGCUUUUAUUUCUAGUAAUUUUUGAUGCAAGAUCUUUUUUUUUUUUGUAUUAAUCCUUGUUUAAAAUUUCUUAUUCAGUUUACAUGGACGCCUUAUUACUUAAUGCAAAGUGAUGGGAAUUUCAGUGAAGAUGGGGUGUAAAAAUGAAUACUGUAGAUUCCUAAAUAUACACGAGGAAUUAAUUAUCGCGUAAUUACGCGAGAAGCACCACUCGCGAAAUAAAAUUACUCGCUUUUAUUUUUAUGGUGCUUUAAUGUAUGUAAAAUCUCCAGAUAAAUCACCCAUUCGCGAAUUAUUGCUCUCGCGAUUUGACGCCAUUGGGUCAUUUCGCGAUAUUAAGUACUCGCGUAAAAUAAGGAAUCUACAGUAACAGAAUGGCAAAUAAAUGGAUGUAAAACAAA